UCGUCGUUUUAUCAAACGUGCGGUGCCUCUGUUAUGCCAUCAACCAGUUUCAUUCACAAUCUCAAGCAAAAUGUUGCCUAGACUUACAUCAAUUUUUAGAAUUAACAAACGUUUUACACAUAAUUUAACCUUUGCAGAGCGGUAUUGCAGCACAACCAGCAAUAAUCAAACACCGUUCUAUGAUGUAGUCGUCGUAGGAGGUGGUCAUGCCGGUACGGAAGCAUGUUCGGCGGCAGCUCGUAUGGGAGCUCGCACGCUGCUGAUCACGCACAAACGCUCCACGAUCGGGGAGAUGUCCUGCAAUCCGUCCUUCGGCGGCAUCGGAAAAGGGCACUUGAUGAGGGAAGUGGACGCACUGGAUGGAGUCUGUGCACGGAGUUGUGACAACAGUGGUGUGCAGUACAAAGUGUUGAACAAACGGCGAGGACCUGCCGUAUGGGGACCGAGAGCGCAGAUCGAUAGGAAGUUGUACAAGGCGGAGGUGCAGAAAGAGUUGAGCGAAACGGCGAAUCUUGAAAUCGUGGAAGCUUCCGUUGAAGACAUUAUUCUGGAGAGGGAGGAAGGUCAAUCGCUGAAUAGGAUCAAAGGUAUAAGUUUGAAGAAUGGCGAUGUUGUGUGGACAAAAUCUCUCGUUAUCACGACGGGGACGUUUCUGAGAGGUCAGAUCAAUAUAGGAUUGAAGACGAUGCCGGCUGGGAGAAUUGGAGAUGAACCGGCGAUCGGAUUGGCAAAGAGCCUUGAGGAUUUGGGAUUUCGGAUGUCUAGGUUAAAAACGGGAACACCUCCACGAAUCAAGGCAUCGUCGAUCAACUUUGAUAUCCUGGAGCGCCAUCCAGGUGAUAAUCCACCGGUUCCGUUUUCAUUCAUGAAUGAUCGCGUGUGGUUAAACAAUGAGGAUCAGCUGGACUGUUUCCUAACGCAUACGAGCGCGGAUGUGAAUGAUAUUGUUAAGCGAAAUCUUCACUGCAACCGUCAUGUGACAGAAGAGCUUACUGGGCCACGGUAUUGUCCUUCGAUUGAGUCCAAAGUGCUUCGAUUUGGCGGAAAAACUCAUCAAAUAUGGUUGGAACCAGAAGGGUUCGAUAGCGAAUUAAUCUAUCCGAAUGGACUAUCGUGUACGCUUCCAGAAGAGGAGCAGAUCAAGUUGGUUCGGUGCCUGCGUGGAUUGGAGGAAGCGGAACUUGCAAGACCGGGAUACGGCGUGGAGUAUGACUUUGUCGAUCCACGGGAGUUGUAUCAAACGUUGGAGACCAAGCGAGCGGACGGGUUAUUCUUUGCAGGACAAAUCAAUGGCACAACCGGUUACGAGGAAGCGGGAGCGCAAGGAAUUCUGGCUGGAGCCAAUGCAGCUGCGAAGACUCUUAAGCGGAAGCCAUUGACCAUCAGUCGAACGGAAGGGUAUCUUGGAGUGUUGGUCGAUGAUUUGACAACUUUGGGGACGAACGAGCCUUACCGGAUGUUCACUAGUAGAGCCGAGUUUAGACUGAGCUUGAGACCUGACAAUGCCGAUUUACGCUUGACUGAGAAGGGUUACCAGAUUGGAUUGGUAUCGGAAGAGCGUUACCAGAGGAUGGUUUCAAUAAGGGAGAAACUGAAGAUGGGGAUUGAGUUGUUGAGCGACAUCAAGAAAGGCAGCAACACUUGGAAAGAGCAGCUGGGUCUGCCCUUGGGGAAGGCGAGCAUACACAAGAGUGCUUUUGAGAUGUUGGCUAUUACGGUGGAGGAUAUCAAGACGGAGGAUUUGUGUGACUUGGCUCCAGAGGUGCUUGGUUGGAUUAAAGAUGACAGAGUAUUGUGUGAGAGAUUAAAGAUUGAGGCUUUGUACAGUUUAUCUAUUCAAGAACAAGCUAAAGAAGUCGAAGAAGUCCAAAGGCAUGAACAACUUCGGAUACCAAGGUCGAUUGAUUAUCUAUCGAGAUCUCUCAACCUUUCAUACGAAGAACAGGAAAAACUUGUAAAUAUACAACCACAAACUAUCGCCGCUGCCAGUCGCAUCCAAGGCAUCACCCCGUCCACCAUUGUUCGACUGGUGAGAUAUGUCAAACAGCAAGAAAUGACAGCCUCUGCCUAAUGGUUCUCGCGCUGUUGGUCGAAUUAAAAGUAAAUUACGCUUCGCCAAGGUGUUAAACACAGAGGAAAAUACAUUUUAUUCGAAAAAAUAUUCUAUAAAUAUCAUUAGUAAGGUAUUUAAUAUAAAUAAAUAGUCCUUUAUAUACACACUUCACACAUUCACUAAAAUCUAAACAUUUUGAAAACACGAUCCAUUCGGUCAACAAGAGUUGCGUCACUUACUUCCUUAGACUAUAAUAAAGAGC